GAGGGAGGAGGGAGGGGGGAAACGGCGUAUGCUUGUAUACAACCCUGAUUUCCAUUUUUUUCCCAACUCGUAAUGUAUUUAAUUCAAGUGAAACGUAAUCAUGACGUGUCGUGUCAUUAAUCUCCUCGCCGCCUCUCCCAGGAUGGAUUCCCCGCCAGAGUGUGUGUUGUCUCUUUCAUGUGAGCAGCCCCAGUCUCCUCCAACGUUGCCAUCCCUGGACCACAGCCCCCAGGCGUCUUCUCCUCACACCCAGCUCUCUCUACCUGACAGCCCCCUCGUGCUGCCCAUUCACAGCCCUGAACUCUCCCCGCAGAGCCCAGACAGCACGCCUUAUUUCCCCCUCUCUCCCUUUCCCCUCCUCGAGGACACCAACAACAACCACCACGAUGUCGAUGAAGAAGACGACGACGACGAGGAAGGGCUGGAUGGAGUCCCUCCGUCCCCGAUCCCGGCAGUGGCUCUGUUCCCAGGAGGAAGGGGACAGGAAGCUGGUUGCAGCCCUACUUUGGAGUCCUCUCCACCGGACACACCAUUAGCGCCACUCCUCGGGUUUGGAGCCCUGGAGCUGGCCCUAUCGUCUGGGCAGAGUGGAAACUGCAACGACGAGCUCGACCUCCAGCUGUUCCAGAAAGAUACCGUCACCAAGGCGAUACCUGGAGUGGGAGGGGCUUCACCGGGGCCUGCGCUCAGGUUUCCCUGUCAUGUGUGUGGAAAGAGGUUCCGAUUCCAAAGCAUUUUGUCUCUUCAUGCUCGAGCUCACAGUCUGGACAGAGACCGCCGAGCCACAGCUCUGUACAAGACCGGAGUCCCUUCAGCCCCCCUAAAGCAACACCUAAAGAUCCAACAGAACCACAAAGACUUAAUCAAGAAUCACCGGAGUCAGCCAAACCAGCGUAUACUGCCAGGGACGCUCAUGCAACAUCUCACCGAAGACGAGGAUGUUGAUGGUGAGGUCAAAGGUCUAGAUGACAACCUACAGAACCGGAACUUUCUACUGGAUGACAGCACACCGUUGACCCCUCCACUCACAGAGGACCCUGUUUCUGUGACCCCUCCCUAUUCUUCUACCAUCGGGGAAGGAGUGUCUAAUCCUACAGCGCCUGCGUUUCGCUGCCAUGCCUGCAAAGGAAAAUUCCGCACAGCUUCAGAGUUGGCGCGCCACGUCCGCAUUCUCCACAACCCGUAUAAAUGCACUCUUUGUCCUUUCUCUGCCAGCCAAGAAGAGAGCCUGGCAUUUCACUUGCAGGAGUGCCACCCUUCCCCCGAGGUACCUGCUCUGCCACUGUCUUUUAAUUCCAGGCCGGUCAUUGCCACCCCUGAUACUCCCGUGCCCACGCCCACCCAUACCCCAGCCCCAGCCCCGAGUACUCAGCCGGUGACAGCGGUAGCUACAGCGGCAUCUACAGCGGCAGCUACAGCGGCAGCUACAGCGACAGCGGCAGCUACAGCGGCAGCUACAGCGGCAGCAUCCCCCACACUGCCGGCGUUUCGCUGUGAGGUUUGCGGACAGCGGUUCACCCAGUCUUGGUUCCUGAAGGGACAUAUGCGAAAGCACAAGGACUCCUUGGACCAUAAGUGCCAGGUAUGUGGCCGCGGCUUCAAAGAACCUUGGUUUCUCAAAAACCACAUGAAAGUACAUCUCAACAAGCUCGGGCUGAAAGCCGGGUUAGGAACCCUCGGGGGAGCUGGGGUCGCCGAGCAGCAAGCCAAAGGCUCUGUUAGUAAUCAAUCCCUCAACGCCCUCUAUUCAAGCCUUCUUCUGGCCCAGCAGAGAGGGGGUAGAGGUGGACAAGGAAGAGAAACUGGAGGCAGAAUGGGGAUGGGCUCGAGCAAGUCAGCCAUCCUGGGCUACCUUGGAUUGCCUAACGAUGGCAGUGGGGCCAGCUGCAUGGAGAGACUUCAAGCAGUGGCUCAGGUGGCAGAGAUGGGAAACGGUGGUGGCGGCAUUGGCGGCUCAGGAGUGGGGGACCAAGGAAGAGGAGGAGGGUCAUCUAGAGGAGGGGGCACAGGUGAAAUUACCGCAUCCAUUUCAGAAGGAGGGGACCAGGCAACUUGGUGGCAGCUGGUGGCUCGCAGCCUGGCAGUCGCUCAGCAGCAGCAGCAGCAGCAACAGCAACAACAGCAGCAACAGCAGCAGCAGCAGCAGCAGCAGAGGCCCCAGCAGCGAGGCCAGCAGCAACGAGGCCAGGGUCGCGGCUCCGUGAUCACUGAGGCCGACCAAGUCAGGGCAUACCUUGGAGGCCUGGAGCCAAGAGACGAGUCUGGCGGAGCAGGAGGGCCAUGGGAAUGCCCAGACUGUGGAAAGCUCUUCCGCAGCCUGCAGCAGGUGGUGGUUCAUGCUCGCGUUCACACCCAGAGGCCCCUGAAAGGAGGAGGCGGCGGCGAAGAGGAGGGGAACAGUAGUCGUAGAGGAGCGGGGCUUGGAAGAGGAGGCGGCAGCGAAAUGAGACAGGAAUCUCAGCUACACGGUGGUGGAUCCCAACAAAUUGGAGGAGGGCGACUGGAAUCAAAACUGCACAGUGGUGGAUCGCAAGCAGAAGCAGCAACGGGGUUUCACUCCGUCAUCCCAACCUUCAAAGGAGAAAAUGGCAUGACAGCAGUCUCCUCCAUACCGUCAGUUCCCAGCAGGGAGCGAGUGCGUGGUAGAGGGAUAAAAGACUGCCCCUACUGUGGUAAAGCCUUCCGCUCUUCACACCAUCUCAAAGUGCACCUGAGAGUUCACACAGGUGAGAGACCCUACAAAUGUCCCCACUGUGACUAUGCGGGUACCCAGUCUGGCUCCUUGAAGUAUCACCUCCAGCGGCACCACAGGGAGCAACGCAACGCCCUGUCAGCCUCCUCCAACUCCUCCUCCAGUGGCCUCACCUCCACUCUCAACAGUCUGACCUCUGGAUCCUCAGGGCAGCCCAAGCAGCGCCGAUCCCACCUCAACCACGGUCCCGUUAACCGGGGUCCGACCGACAACGCCUCCCCUCUGCCCAGCCAGCAGUCCUGGCUCCUGGGGCUUCCAGACCAGCACGACCACAGGAAGGCCUUGGCGGCUCUGAGGGAUGUCGACUUGGAGACACAGUACCGGUAUCUUUCGGGGGUGAUGGGAGCUCUUUACCAAGGUGGAAUGGAAGGAGGCUGGAUCAGGGAGUCUCCACCACCAAAAGCCCCUAAAGUGUCCCGUCGUAAGCCCCUCACUACAAGCCGAAUGGUCCAACCGUCAAAUGACAAGGAAGGGCCUGCGCCUUCAACUCAUGAGGGCGGGUUCGAACCACUGGAUCUGUCUCGUCGGCCCUCACCUGGCCUCGGAGGCAUGGAGGAAGAUGGAGUCAUGAGCGUAGGGGAGGGAGGGUUUGGUGUAGAUGGAGGAGAUAGUUCAACAGGGGUCAAACUGAGCCAGUGUUUGUUCUGCCCUUUCCGAACGUCCUCAGCCGAGCUCAUGGCCAUGCACCUCCAGGUGAACCACACCAGUAAGUCCAGGCGCAAAAGAGCCCCUACCACCAUCUUGAAUGACGACGGAGCCCUAAAGGCCGCCAAGCCCAGGGUGGUACAGUCCGAUCUCGACUCUCUGACUAUAUGGAGGAACGCAACCGAGUCCGAGGCCCCCCUGGAGGAAUGGUCCUCAAUGAAUACCAAGACCUUGAACGGGAACACACAAGACCAUCCUAACAACAUGCUUGAGCACCCAGAUGUGGCCCCAAGAUCCAAGAAAGUAAGACGCGAUCUGGCACUCAAGGGUAAGGUCGAGGAUGAUGAUGAUGAGGAGCAAGAGGAGGAGUUGGAUGAUCAUUUGGAGAACAGCAGUGCGGAGGAUUCAGAGGACCAGGAUCUGAGGAUGUCCCUCGCUCUUUCCCCAGCGCUCUGCUCCAACCACAUGGUGGGAGAGGAGGAGAGCAUCUUAACAGAUUAAAAUGCUUCGGGAUGAAACCAUCAUAAUUGGGAGAGUUUGGUUCAAUGUUUCUCAACCACAUUUAACAGAGAAUGAAAGAAGGGGGCAGGUAGCUUUGCAGAGCUAACAGGAUUCUUGACUCCUGGGGUUUUGAAAAGGACAGACAGAAACAUCACAGCUGUUAUCUUCCCUUCGACAUCACUCUUCAACUUCACUUCUGACAGUGUGGCCAACUUCCUGUACAAAAGAGCUUAGAAGCACUUUUUCAGGAUGUUGUAGGUCACUUUUUCCAUUUUUCUUCAAACUUCUCUCCAAGAUGGUUGAUUUGUAAGAUUGUCGCCUAUUUGAUCAGUUAAAGAACCAUACAUAAGAUUUAGCGCAUCAUUCCACACGCAUUUAUUUUACAUUAAUAAUGGACUGUUACCCGAAGACUACUAUACUGAUCAUGCUGAAGCCAGCUGUGAAGAGUUGCUCUCCUGACUGACCACUGAACAGUUUGAAACUUCAAGUUCCUCCUCGAACGACACAUAUGUUGUUGAGUCGAGGAAUGUUCAAGCUGUUAACCUCAGCUAAGCUAUUUGGUAUUAUUUUAAGGCAUGAGGUAACUAUUGGAGGCAGCGUGCUUUCCCUCAACUAUAUAUCACUGCCUUGUUUGUCUGAAAAGUGUUUCUAUAUGAUUGUCCUAAAGAAAAACAGAAAGAAACGUUUGUAAUAUUUUUUCUUUUAUGAGUUAGUGCCUGUUCAUGUGCGUUGUUGAGAGAGUCUCUGGUAUUCCUGCACAUCGAGGCUCUGAUAGGUCAUUUUAUCUGAAUAUACAGUUUAAAACAAUUUAAGUACAGUAUAUUUGUUAAAAGUGGUUCUAGGGUGUUGUGAAUAGUUAAGUUGUUAAAGAAAUGCUACAUCGCAGCGUCAUGUCCUUGACACAGACGUUUGUGGCUCAGCUUGAAAAUAAAAUAAAAGAUUGGUCAUAGACUGAGCUAUAAAAAGGGUCACAGUUCAACAUUCAGUGUUUACAACAGUCGGUAGGCUUGCCAAGGCAACAUAGAUGCGUGGAAAAGAACAAAACUAAGAGCGGAUGUCUAUUUGAGGGCCGAAGGGACGUCGCCCGAGCCCCCGAACACAAUCAACUGACACACCCUAAAAGAGACAGAGACUUUACAACUGUGUCAAAAAA